AUGGAUCGCAAAGCUGAAUUGGAACGUAAAAAGGCCAAAUUGGCCGCACUUCGUGAGGAGAAAGAUCGCCGUAGGCGUGAAAAGGAGAUGAAGGAUAUGGAAGAGGCUGCUGGACGGAUCGGUGGUGGUGUCGGCAUCGACAAAGAUCAGCGGAAAGAUUUAGAUGAGAUGUUAUCCUCACUAGGUGUUGCACCAGUCUCGGAAGUUUUAUCUUCCUUGUCAUCUGUAAAUUCUGUAACAUCAGACAACUCCAAUACGCAAACUCCGGACGCAAGUUUGCAAGCGAAUAUGAAUGGUGUUGGCGUCGCCAAGAAGCAGCCUUUGAAUUUGAGCGUUUACAAUGUACAAGCAACUAACAUUCCACCAAAAGAAACUUUGGUAUACUCAAAACAAACGCAAACUACUAGCACCGGAGGACACGAACGUGAUGCUCAUGCUACGGACUAUUAUGACGAAUACAAUCUUAAUCCGGGUUUAGAAUGGGAGGAUGAAUUUACAGGAGAUGACGAAGAGAGCUCGCUGCCACAUCUGGAUCACGGUUUCACCUCGAAGUUGCCGCCUGGCUACUUGACGCAUGGCCUGCCCACGGUGAAGGACGUUGCGCCAGCCAUAACGCCAUUGGAGCAAAAGAAGGAACAGGAGGAGAAGAAGGAGAUUAAGGAACUUUCAGAGGAACAAAAGCAAAUGAUCGUACUUUCCGAGGACUUCCAACGUUUUGUUUUGCGCGCUGGACGCGUUGUGGAGCGUGCACUCUCCGAGAAUGUUGAUAUUUAUACAGAUUACAUUGGCGCCGGCGACAGCGAGGACACCAAUGAUGAACGUACACAUGCACGACUCUCGUUGAAUCGGAUUUUCUACGAUGAACGUUGGUCGAAGAAUCGUUGCAUCACCUGCAUGGAUUGGUCUACACACUUUCCCGAACUGGUCGCCGCCGCAUAUCACAAUAACGAAGAGAGUCCCAACGAGCCGGAUGGUGUUGUUAUGGUUUGGAAUACUAAGUUUAAAAAACAAACACCUGAAGAUAUUUUCCAUUGUCAAAGCGCUGUGAUGUCAACGUGUUUUGCCAAAUUCAAUCCAAAUCUUAUACUGGGCGGUACAUACUCGGGACAGAUAGUGCUUUGGGAUAAUCGCGUACAAAAGCGCACACCAAUGCAGCGUACACCACUCAGUGCGGCAGCGCAUACACAUCCAGUUUAUUGUUUGCAAGUUGUUGGUACACAGAAUGCGCAUAAUGUCAUCUCGAUCUCUUCGGAUGGCAAACUAUGUUCAUGGAGUUUGGAUAUGUUGUCACAUCCUCAGGAUACGUUGGAAUUGCAACAGCAACGGCCAUCGAAAUCGAUUGCAGUCACUUGCAUGGCAUUUCCAGCGAAUGAGAUUAAUAACUUGGUAAUGGGCAGUGAGGAUGGCUACGUGUAUUCAGCCUGUCGCCAUGGUUCUCGCACUGGUGUUAACGAUGCCUUCGAGAAGCACUUGGGACCAGUAACAGGCAUCUCAACGCACUAUAAUCAAUCCUCGCCCGACUUUGGUCAUCUCUUCUUAACUUCCUCCAUCGAUUGGACUAUCAAACUUUGGUCGCUGAAGGAUACCAAACCACUAUACUCAUUCGAGGAUAACUCUGAUUAUGUCAUGGAUGUCGCAUGGUCGCCCAUUCAUCCGGCACUAUUUGCUGCUGUCGAUGGUAGCGGUCGACUUGAUCUAUGGAAUCUGAAUCAAGACACCGAAGUACCCACAGCAUCUGUUUUGGUUGAGGGUGCGCCAGCGCUUAAUCGCGUCUCGUGGACUCCAUCGGGUCUGCAUGUGACUAUCGGCGACGAUACAGGCAAACUGUAUGUUUACGAUGUCACCGAUCAUUUGGCGCAGCCGACACGUGAUGAAUGGUCGCGUUUUAAUGCGACACUCAAUGAGCUCAAAAUGAAUCAAAGCGAUGAUGUUUAAAUCAAAAUACGAGUGUGAAAGCAACAAAAAAAAAACGAAAAAAAACUGGCAUUCAUCAUUACAUAUGAUAUUGCGCAAAAUAAAUUGAUUUAAAAAAAGACUUAAUUGUAAUUCUACAACUAUGUAUGGCAACUUAAUAUGGCAAAACGAAAAAAAAAACGUUUGGUGAAAGGUGAAUUCCUUAAAAAAAAAAUUAUUUAAUGUAUAUGCACAUGCAAAUUGUAUCUAGCCCUUCUAUAUCUGCAUUAACUUAAUAACUUGAAAGAUUUUACAAAGCAGAAUAAAAGGAUUUAAUGCUUUUUUAUAAAACGUAAGAUACUCGCGCUUAAAUGAUUGUAGAAAAGUGCUCGAGUGAACUUACAUUGAGUAUUGAAUAAAUCAAAUUUUCUAUUGUUUCAAUUAAA